UUGGAAUUCUCAAGUUAAAUGCAUCAUGGGAGCAUGAAUUCUGGGUCAUCCAAUAACAGUAUAAUCAGCAACAAUGGAGUUCUCAAAAGCAAACACUGCCAUCAUCAUCUACCACUGAAUCCAGGAACCUCCAAGCAAGUACUGAAAUGGAGGAGAAGCGCCGAGACGCCGGAAAUUUACCGGCGAACACCACGGAUUCGCCUUCAUCGGAGCCGCCUUCGUCUCGCCGUCGAGCUGGAGCUCAGAAGCGAAAGGUCAGCGCUCUCGGUGGCUCUAACUCCUCAUCCGCUCCUUCGAAACGCGUUACUCGGGACAAAUUUGCUCUUUUGCAUCCUCCAAAUCACAACGGUCCCUUCACUAGAGCUCGACUUGGCCCUAACAAUGGCGCUGGAACAGCAUCGGGUAAUGCGGCUGAAGGUAUCUCCGCCGCGGGAUCAGUUAAGGUGGAGGGAUCUUUUCUUCAUUCCGAAGUUCAGCGUGGAGACACACUGGUCGCCGCGGCGGAGGAAUUGAACAAGGCGAGUAGAUUGGCGAAUUUGGAAGCGUCUUUCGUAGCUGAUUUCGAAUCUAUUAAAUCUCGGGGUAUGAAUGCUCACGUCGUUCCGAAUCAUUGCGGUUGGUUUUCAUGGACAAAAGUCCACCCGAUUGAGGAACGCUCGAUGCCUUCUUUUUUCAGUGGAAACUCUGGCACUCGAAGCCCUGAUAUUUAUAUUGAGAUACGUAAUUGGAUUAUGAAAAAAUUCCAUGCAAAUCCUAGUACGCAGAUUGAGUCAAAAGAUGUAUCAGAGAUGGAAAUCGGAGAACUAGAGGCUAGACAGGAGGUGAUGGAGUUUCUAGACCAUUGGGGUUUGAUUAAUUUUCACCCUUUCCUAUCUGCAGAUUCAACUUCAACAAGUGAUGUUGAUGAUGAAAAUCAAAAGGACUCUUUGGUUGAGAAGUUGUUUCACUUUGAAACAUUAGAAUCCUCUCCAUCUGUUGUUCCAAAGACUAAUGUUACCACCGCUCCACCAAGAUUGCUUCGAGAAUCUGCAAUUUCUGAAGAGAUGGUGAGGCCUGAGGGUCCAUCUGUUGAGUACCACUGUAACUCGUGCUCUGGUGAUUGCUCUCGGAAACGGUACCACUGCCAGAAGCAGGCAGAUUUUGAUUUAUGUUCGGAGUGCUUUAACAAUGGGAAAUUUGAUUCUGAUAUGUCUUCAUCAGAUUUUAUUCUCAUGGAGUCUGCUGAGGUUCCUGGUGCUAGUGGAGGUAAGUGGACAGAUCAGGAAACUCUCCUCCUCCUUGAGGCUUUAGAGCUUUAUAAGGAAAACUGGAAUGAGAUUGCAGAACAUGUGGCCACCAAAACAAAAGCCCAAUGUAUAUUGCACUUCAUUCAAAUGCCAAUUGAAGAUAGCUUUCUUGAAUCUGAGAACAAUGAUGAAGUCGGUGCAAAAGAAACUGUUGUUCCACCAUCAAAUGAAAAUGAUUCGUCAGUUCCCAUGGAUAUCACUGAAUCGAUGGAUAACAAGACUACUAGAAAAGAGGCCUCAAAUGUAGAAAAUGCCAGCAAGGAAGAUACAGUUGAGGUAAAAGUGGGGCAGGAUAAUUCAAAAUCAAAGGAUGUUGAAGUAAAAGCUGCUUUAGACAACUCGAAAUCAGAAGAUGGUGGUCAGAAGGUUUCUGAAGACAUUGCCUUGAAUGCUUUGAGGGAGGCAUUUGAAGCCAUUGGUUAUGUAUUAACAUCUGAUCAGCACCCACUUUCAUUUUCUGGUGUAGGGAACCCUGUCAUGGCACUGGCUGCAUUCCUUGCACGCUUAGUUGGAUCUGAUGUUGCCGGUGCAUCAGCUCAUUUUUCUUUGAAAAGCAUAUCUCAGAAAUCUCCCAGUUUAGAUCUGGCUACAAGACACUGCUUUAUUUUAGAAGAUCCACUAGAUGACAAGGCACAAGCUAAUUCAGAGAGGGUUGUCAAUGUGGAAGCUCAGCAAAAUGUCAAUGAACAGUGUGAAAAACAGAGGAAAGACAAUUCUACUUCAGUCUUAGAUGACAGAGCCUUAUCAACGACUAACAUUGAUUACAAAAAUGGAGAAUCUGAGACAGAGGAAACAACAAUGGAGAAUAGAAAUUCUUCAGAUGCUACUAAAGAACACGAUCCAAUGGUUAAUCAUGGUUCAGAUGGAACAAAUAAAUUGAAAGAACUGACAGAACCAGAAGCUCAGCAAAAUGUCAAUGAACAGUGUGAAAAACAGAGGAAAGACAAUUCUACUUCAGUCUUAGAUGACAGAGCCUUAUCAACGACUAACAUUGAUUACAAAAAUGGAGAAUCUGUGACAGAGGAAACAACAAUGGAGAAUAGAAAUUCUUCAGAUGCUACUAAGGAACACGAUCCAAUGGUUAAUCAUGGUUCAGAUGGAACAAAUAAAUUGAAAGAACUGACAGAACCAGAAGUGCCCAAGGAUGAUAGAACAGGCAUUGUUAAGGAAACUGAAAAUAUGGAAUCAAAAUUGACAACAAAUACAUUUGAAAAAUUGGGAGAAGAAACUUCUUUUGAAAAGCCAUCACAAUCUACGUUGUUAUCAAAGGAUAUACAUAUCUCAGAUCUACAGUAUGCUGAAAAAACUGAGAUUCAGAGACAAGAUCCAUCUCCUUCUGUCAAUACUUCAAAAAUAGAUGAUGUGCCAAAUCCUUUACCUUCCGUGAAUGAACUUCAGCCACUUUUUGCUGCCACUUCAGUGAAAGUAGCCUCAAGUGAUGUAGCUAUGGUAUCUGAUCCUCGAGAUAAGAGUGAACCUGCACAAACUGAAACAUCUAAAUCUUUGGUUGACCAGGGAGCAAGCAAGGUCUCUGAUUCUUUGCCCACAGAAGAGAAUGCAACUCCACAGCCAGUUAAACAAAAUCCAGUUCUUGAUAAAGGAACAGAUGAUAAUCAAAGCAAGAACAAUGAAGAAGAAAAUUCCAAAUGUACAAGUAAGAAAGAGGAAAAAGUCGAUAAGCUGAAGCGUGCUGCAGUUACGACGCUUGCAGCAGCAGCUGUGAAGGCAAAAGUUCUGGCUAAUCAAGAAGAAGAUCAAAUUCGUCAACUUGCCAUGAUAUUAAUCGAGAAACAGCUGCAUAAGUUGGAAAGCAAGUUAGCAUUCUUCAACGACAUGGACAACGUGUCAAUGAGAGUCAGGGAGCAACUGGACAGGUCAAAGCAAAGGCUUUUCCAGGAACGUGCGCAGAUAAUUGCUGCUCGACUUGGCUUACCUGCUUCGGCAUCACGAGGUGUGGCACCGGUGUUGCCAGGAAACAGAAUGGCUAGGAACUUCCCAAACUCAGUUCCAAAGCCUCCAAUGGGCAUGGCGCCCCAAAGGCCACCAACUUCUGGACCACGGGUAUAGCUAGCUGCUACUAAUCCUAACCCGAAAUAUGCAACCAACCAACACCAGUACCACAAUUUCUGUAAGUUCAUUUUUCACCUGCAAAUCAUCAGGACACACUUUCUUCUGUUGGUUCCAAGUAAAUCAAAUAUUAGCUUACUGAUAGAGAUGGCAACCAUUGUAAUACAGCAGAACUCACUUCAGUUUAUCGUAUAACCCAUUUGAUGUUUGUGUUGUAUUUUAGUAGAUUUUGGAAUUUGGGAGGAAAGAGUAUAAUUUAGCUUGCCA